UCUGCUGGGAAAGGACCAUGCGAACAGCAGCCAUCUCCAUGCCAAGGUUAGAUAAAAUGCCAGGAAUGUUCUUCUCUGCUAACCCACAGGAAUUGAAAGGAACUGGUCAUUCACUUCUAGAGGACAAAACGCAAAAAAGGAGGCCAAGGACUUUUGGAGUGGACAUGAAAGCAUACCUGAGAUCUAUGAUCCCACAUCUGGAAUCUGGAAUGAAAUCUUCCAAGUCCAAGGACACACUUUCUGCUGAUGAAGUAAUGCAGUGGUCUCAAUCUCUGGAAAAACUUCUUGCCAACCAAACGGGUCAAGAUGUCUUUGGAAAUUUCUUAAAGUCUGAGUUCAGUGAGGAGAAUAUUGAAUUCUGGCUGGCUUGUGAAGACUACAAGAAAACAGAGGCUGAGUUUUUGCACUGCAAAGCAGAGAAGAUAUAUAAAGCAUAUGUGCAUUCAGAUGCUGCUAAACAAAUCAAUAUUGACUUUCGCACUCGGGAAUCUACAGCCAAGAAGAUCAGAGCACCAACCCCCACGUGUUUUGAUGAAGCCCAAAAAGUCAUAUAUACUCUUAUGGAAAAGGACUCUUAUCCGAGGUUCCUCAAGUCAGAUAUUUACUUAAAUCUUCUAAACGAACUUCAGGCUAAUGGCCUAAAGUGACUGGUUCCUGGCUGAAGAGAAGUAAUAGAUGUGGUAUGAAGAACAGAAGGAAGGUGCCAGCAUGGCUCUCCGGGGGACAACUUGGCCUUUUUGGGUGACGCGACAGGCCCAGGGAAAGAAGAAAUGACCCAGAAUGGACUACUGUGGAAGUCAUCCAGGCUCAGGGUCGAAGAAGCAAAAGCAAAGUAAAACUUGAGAGACUGUAGAAGGAAGGAGCUACCAUGAUACUGUCACCAAUACAGUGGACCUCUGCGUUAGAAAGCCCUUAGAACCGAGAAGGCCAGGCACUUCUAGUUAAACACAAGCUGAACAGACGUUAUGAGACUGAUGACAGCAUGCUAUAAGCUUCAAGGUCAACUGGCCUUUAGGCUGCAUAUUAUUUGGGAUAUGUAGAUUGUAUUGAGCUGCUGAAAUUUCAUUAACUUAGAAGACUAUCUGGAAAGGAUGUGUUUCAAAGUUGCCAUUGUUGUUACAGACACAAAGAUUUUGGUGGUGUUUGUUUGUUUUAGGCUUGAAGAGAACAACGUAUUUAAUUUAAGGUGUUGCACUUAAAACCAGGAAGUCAGAAUACGUUUGUAAAUUAAAUUAUCAGUGCCAAUAAUAAAUGUUUUAUAUUAAAAAUAUAUAGAAGUAAUUUCUGUUUACACUUCCUUGCUACUUUAAAAACUGGCAUUUAUUACUCAAAUUUUUUAAAAAAAUAAAAAAUUCAAGCAA